CUUGGACUGACAUCAAUCAAUCCAUCGUGAUCGCAGCUCACCUUCUUUCCCUCACCUCAACAGCACAUAUCUCCGAGUUGUACUCAAUCUCAAAAUGGCCCACCAAUCACCUAUGAUUGCUAUCCCGAGGAAAACCACAGAUGAAGUCGACUGGACUACUCCAAUUCGUAACCUGAUCGCACAAUCCUAUGGCGAAAGUCCAGACAAUUAUGCUACAGAAUGUGGUACGUUACAACGAUGUAGGCAAGAUGCAGUUCGCGGCGCAGGGAGCGAGCUGACUGCUAGGGAUCUCCUCUACAAGUACUUCGGACAGUUGGAGUUGCUUGAACUGCGGUUUUCAGAAAUUAGGGUCAAUUUCCCAUGGCGCGAUGCCUUCACAAAUAAACUCAUCACUCAAACAUCGAUAGCCUACGAGAAGGCUUCCAUCUUAUUUCAGAUAGCCGCAACGCACUCCGCCAUUGCAUCCUCCCAAAGCCGUUCAGAUCCAGAAGGGAUAAAGCGCGCGUUCCACUACUUCAAGACAUGUGCUGGAAUGUUGACCUACAUCAACGAAAACUUUCUUCAUGCCCCCUCGACGGACCUCAGUAGAGAAGUAGUCAAGUUUUUGGUGUCGGUGAUUCUGGCACAGGCAACUGAGGUGUUCUUCGAGAAGUGCACGGAUGAGAAGAAGGGUGCCGUACUUGUGUCCAAGAUUGGAUCACAAGCGGCGUCAAUGUACACGUCUCUGGCGGAGGAAGUGAAGGAGUUCAUGGGCAAGGGAAUCUUUGAUAGGAACUGGGUGACAUUAAUCCAGAUAAAGGCCAAAUACUUCUCAUCGCUUGCCCAAUUCUAUCGCGCCAAUGCGGAUAGCGCAACAGGGAAACAUGGGGAUGCCCUCGUUCGAUACACUCUCGCAGAGACACUAGCCAAGGAAGCUUCUCGACUAGCAGGUUCAUUCGCUUCUGGUUUCUCGUUUACCCUGUCUCCAACACUACCUGCCGAUGCGGGAACUUCCAUUCAAGAGCGGACGAAGGUCCAUUUAACGCUCUGUACGGAUCGCAAGAACGAGGCGCAGCGCGAGAAUGAUCUCAUUUACAAUGCCGUGCUACCAGCGGUAGAAGCCCUUCCCAACAUCGACAAGACCGCCGUUGCAUCCCCGAUUCCUAUUCAAGAGGUAUAUGGGACUCCUGAUGUGCAAAAGACUAUCGGUCAAGACAUCUUCAUUCGUUUGAUACCAUUAAGCGUGCAUGAAAGUGCCAGUGUCUAUUCCGAGGAAAAGGCGAAGCUUGUGCGAGGAGAGGUCGAAAACGCAGAAAGUGCUGAAGUCCAGGUGAGGAGCGCGCUGGAGGCUUUGGGAGUAAAAGAGGGGCUGGUCAGGUUCCGCGCCAUGGCGGAAGGCGAAGUUGGAGGAGAGGAGGAAGUACCCUUGGAUGUACGAAGGUGGAAAGAGGACAUUGUGAUGAUUGAAGAACGGGAGCCUGUCGAGAGUCUUUUGAAUCAGUUGGUGAAAUUGAAGGAAAAUGUGAGGCAAGAAUUGGAGGACGUUUCGAGGGAUCUGGAGAUCGAGUCAAGAGAUUGCGAGAUAAUGAGAGUCAAGUAUGAGCAUCUGUGGACGCAAGAACCGUCUGCUGGUCUCACGAAGGAGAUUAGACAGGAUUUGAAGUCACAUUUCGGUAGCCUGGAGGCAGCAGGCAGUUCAGAUGAACAGGUACUCGCGCUAUGGAACUCGGUGAAAGGCGAUGUAGGGCUACUUUCGAGCGAUCACAUUGGUGAAGUUUUCAGGCAGAGUACCGAACAGGCAGCUGGAGACAAUCUACUGGAUCUUGAUGUAGGGAAUGAAGGCGAUGAGGCCCAUGAAAGAGGAAAAAUUGGCCAUCUCGUUUCGGAAAUUGACGAGCGACUCGGACGCUUAAACAAGAUUGCAAGGGAACGGAACGAGAUCCUCAAAGAUCUCAAGGAGAAGAUACAAACGGAUGAUGUCUCUCAUCUUUUACUUCUCAACCGACGAAAUACUGGGGUUGAGCCUAAGCUAUUCGCCGCUGAGCUGGAGAAGUUCAGUCCAUACCAGCACAGAUUAGCAGGCACCGUUCAACACCAAGAAGGGAUACUACAGGAGAUCAAGUCGCUUUUCAAAGCUCUCAAGGAUCUCGCAGGCAGGGGUCCGGGUGCACGCAAAUGGGAAGAACGUGAGAAGCGAAAGAAGAACGCGACUCGCAGGUUCCAGCGGGCGAGGGAUGGGUACAUGGAAGUAAGAGACGGCCUAGCUAAAGGCCUCCACUUCUAUAAUGAACUAACUGCUUUGACAUCUGAGCUACGAAAGAAUGCCAGGUCUUACGCCUCGAGUCGUAUUUCAGAACGAGACAAAUUAGCUGGUCGACUGGAAAUGGAGAGGCGGCUUUCUGUGCCAUCUGGUCCACCUCCGUUAGCCGCGAAACCUCCCGUACCUCCUCCACCAUCAUCUUCUGGAGCUGAUUUGAGCUCCUUACUUACCUCUAUGAAUCUGAGAGACGGGACUUCUACAUCACAACCAUCUUUGCAAUGGCCCAGUGCACCUUCACCACCUGCACACACAUAUCCAAAACCCUCCCCACAACAAUCAUACUCUACGUCUCCGGCUCAACCUCGCAACCAAUACAAUACUCCUCCCCCAGUUCAACAGAAUUCAUACAAUGCCCCCCCUCCUCCUGGUUCUCAACAGCCUUUCUCUAAUUUCCCGCCCCCAUCAAGUCAGUACGGUUCUACACAGUACUCUAACCCAGUGCUCCCGCCCCCUCAGCAGCAAACUGGUUCUUCCUUCCUACCCCCACCACCGCCACCUCAAUCCUACAACCAAUCCUCUUUUUCUCCUCCUCCACCUCAAAGUGAUCCAUACGCCAGUCUUGGCCUGUUCAAUUCAGAAUCAUCGUUUUCUACCCACACCCCUCCACCUUCGCAGUCAAGUGCGUAUAGUUUCUCACCUCCCCCUUCGCAACAACAGUAUCAGCCACCACAGCCACCACACCAGAGUCAGCAGCCGCAACAUCAGUAUGGCAUGCCUCCUCCCCCACCGCCUCAACAUGGAGGAUAUGCAUCGAUCCCACAACCGCCGCAGCCGUACCAACCUCAAACACAAGGGUAUAGUAGAUAUCAACAACAGCAGGGGUACGGACGGUAGGUUGAGUUUUGAGUAAUCUAAAGUACUAGCAAUGACGUACUAGAAAGUUGUCCGUCAUUGUAUAUGGUUCGUGUACAUGUCCGAUCCAGGGAUUUUUUCUGUGGAUGCAUGUAAGAGAUAGCGCUUGAUAUUGCGCUUGUAGUAGUAGGUUGUAGGCCCCUCGAACCGUUUUUCACCCGUUGAGUAGUGUAUCAAACCAUCC